AUGAUGCAGAACCAGGAGGAACCAGAGGAACCCGAACUGCUGGAGAAACUACAACAUGAAAAUGAAAGCCUCAGAAAGGAGAUCGAGGAGAUGCGGACGGAGAUGGACGAGAUGCACGAUGCAUUUUAUGAAGAAGACACCUGCAGGCUGCACGAGCUGCGCCGAGAGCUGGAGCGCGCCAACAAGAACUGCAGGAUCCUGCAAUACAGGGUCCGCAAAGCCGAACGCAAACACCUGCGGUACGCCGAGGGCGGAGAGAUGGACGAGGAACUGCUGAGGAACCUGGAGCAGGACCUUAAGGUGGCCAAGGACGUGUCAGUGAGGCUCCACCACGAGCUGAAGAACGUGGAGGAGAAGCGGACGAGAACGGAGGAGGAGAACCAGAGACUGAGAGAGAAACUCAUCGAGCUGGAGGUCAACAAACAAGCACUGCAGAAUGAACUGGAGAGAACCAGAGAGGUUCAGAAGCGGAGAGGCAGUAAAGAAGCUCAGAGAGGGGAUAAGAUCUCAUACUUCAUCACUGAGGAGGACAGCGAGGACCUGAAGUGCCAGCUGGCGUUCAUUAAAGAGGAAGCGACCCUCAUGAGGAAGAAGAUGGCGACGCUGGAUAAGGAGAAGGACCUGUUGGAGCAGGAGCUGCAGAAGUACCACUCCUUUUAUGGCGAUUUCGACAGCCCGCAGUUCAAAGGUGAAGCCGUGGGCCCGCCCACCACCCGCCAAUCGGGUCUGAAGCUCCGCCUCCGGUUGGUUGAGGAGGAGGCCAGCAUCUUGGGACGCAAGAUCGUGGAACUAGAGUUGGAGAACCGUGACCUGAGAGACGAGCUCGAUAGCGUGAGAGGAGCUGUAGGGGGCGUGGCUGUUGUAAACCAAGGGGCGGGGCUUUACGAACUGAAGGAGCAGCUCCAGCUGUUGGAAGAGGAGGCGGAGCUCCUGCGGAGGAAUUCGGCCGACGCCGAGGAGCAGAACAGGAAGCUGAUGAGCGAGUUGAAGAAACUGAGGAGCAAAGAGGGAUCAAGGCGUGGCAGUUUAGGUGGAGCUUCGUCUUCGUUUGGGGAUGGAGCUCCUUCAUCUGCAGUGAUGGAGAUGCUGAAGGACGAGCUCAGGGCGGCGCGACUGCAAGUGAACGAGCUCAGCGGAAAAGUGAUGCAGCUGCAGUACGAGAAGAGGGUGAUGCUGUCCAGUCGAGGGGCUGGAGGAGGAACGGGAGGAGAACGACAAGAAGGUGGAGGAGAAGCAGGAGGUAAUGGAGAAGGAGGAAGUAAAGAAGGACUAGAAAACAAUAAAGAACAUGGAGAAGCAGGGCAGGUAGAUGGAGGAGGAAGAGUUGUAGGAAAUAGAGGAGAACUGGAAGCUGGAGAAGCAAUAAGUCAAGAAGGUGGAGGAAUUGUUGGACAAGAAACAGCCGUAGGGGCACGAGGAGAAGAAGGAACAGGAGAUUGUGGACGAAGAUGGUUACGAAGAGAAGGAGGAACGCAAGAAGUUCGAGAAUCAGGACAAGAAGGAGAAGCAAGAGCUGUAGAAAGUGGAGCAGGAGAAGGAGAAAGAUCAGGAAACCAUGGACAACAAGGAGUAGAAGGAACACGAGACAAAAAAGUCGAAGGUGGACGCAAAGUAGAAGGAGAACGUUCAGACAGAAACCGAGAAGAACACAGAGAAGAUGUCGGAGUACACGCUAAAGAAAGAGGAGCAGAAGGAGAAAAAGGAAAAGAAGAAGGUAGAGUUGGAGGAAGAGGAGCGGAGAGCGACUCCUCCUCGUCUUCAUCGCUUCUUCUUCCCCAGCAGAAGCGUGAAGGCCCUGUGGGAGGCGAAUCUGAAGAGACUCCACAACCGUCUCUCUCUGCACCUCCUCUGCUCCCUCGCUCGCCUCGCGAACGCCAGCAGAUGACGGAGAUCCGAGCCGAAGCUGAGAACUUGAUACACACCAUCGAGCUCCUCAUCAGCCACACUCGAGUGUUUACGGGUGAUGGAGAGACCGCCGGGCGAGAGGGUGAGGACCAUGGUGCUGCUGCUGGUGGUGCUGCUGCUGGUGAAGAUGAUGUGAGGAACCGAGAGCGCGAACUUCUCCAUCGUAUAGGCACACAGAUGAACGAGUUCAGGGACGAGCUGCAGGGGUUUAUGGGAUUUCUAGAGAGACUAGACGAAGGCAGACGGGAGGAGCCACACUCGGAGGAACGGCUAUCUAUGUUUCAGCCCCUCAUUUUACUCAUCCUCUUCCUCCUUCUGUUCUCCUCGCUCUCAUACGCCACCAUGUUUAAGCUCAUUUUCCUUUUCACUCUUUUCUUCGUCAUGUGA